AGAUCCAAAGCUCACUAUCUAAAGUUUUCCAUCUCUUUCUAACCCGACACUAAAAUGGAAGGAAUGAGGAGACUCAAUUCUUCAUUCACUUUGAACUAUUCAACAACACAGCCGAAUUCGUCAGAUUGGAACCCAAAUGAGCAGAACAUCUCAUCAGGGAUCAUUACUCAGUCGGUCUUCCUUGCCCUGGUGAUAUUUGUUGGUGUGGUCGCUAACUCCUUGGUUUGUCUUGUGAUUUACAAGCGAAGAAAUCUUCACACGGUCCUCUACAGUUUCCUGGUGAGUCUUUCCAUCUCUGAUCUUCUUCACGCUGCACUCAAGAUGCCAACAACCUUGCUAUCCACGCUACACGUCCGCUGGUAUCCUCAUCCGUCUUUCUGUUACAUCACCACUCCAUUUGGCGUCCUUUUUGGUGCCGCCACGGUCUUCAACUUGUGCGCAGUCGCAUUAAAUCAGUAUUUCAUCAUCGUCAAACCCCUUCACUACCCCAUGGUCAUGACCGCUGCGCAUGCGCGUUACGUCAUUGCCGGCCUGUGGGCGGGAAGCAUUGUGAUCUCUCUUCCGCCAAUAUUCUGGCGCACAGCUAACACCAUUUGCAAAAGCGGGGCAGUCUCCAGUGACAACUAUCUUUCUGAAGUGCUUUAUCUAUCGGCCUUGUGGACAUUUGUGGUCAUUAUCCCAACCGUCGUCAUGGGUACAAGCUACACCAAGAUUUUUCUGGAGGCGCGUCGCCAAAUUUUCAAAAUGAGAGAAGGCAAUCAACUCAACGGCGAGUUACGAGCGUCGCACACGCGUAGAAGGGAAUUUCGUGCGGCAGCGCUGCUUGCUUUAGUCGGCGGAAUUUUCAUCUUAUGCUGGCUACCGUUUUUCGUUGUUCAAACUGUACACAAAUUCUCGGCUGCGAACAUUUCGCCAUUUUAUUUUCGCUUUUUCCUUUGUGUCAUGUUCUCUAAGUCGGCAAUCAAUCCGCUGCUGUAUACUGCUCUGAACAAAGAAUUAAGGAAAGCGUUAACUCAGUUCUUAGGUCUUCAGAAGAAAACCUCUCAGGACAGUAAAGUUCGGGUACCGAGUGCUCGAAUGAACAAUCUGAAAAAUGGUUCAAAUCGCGAAAGCUUGUUGUAAAUAGGUGGCGAUGUAAAUAGCACAGGAAUUUUAAACUUACAAUAAACGUAUUUC